AUGUAUCCGCAAAACGUUGGUAUUCUAGCCGUAGAAAUAUAUUUUCCCAAAAGGUUUAUUGACCAAGCUGAACUCGAACAAUUUGAUGGUGUAUCCACUGGUAGAUAUACCAUCGGUUUGGGUCAGACAAGAAUGGGAUUCUGUGAUGACCGUGAAGUUGAUAAGUCAAAGUCCGUAAAAAGUGUUUUAAUGCAACUCUUUGCUGAAUCUGGAAACACCAAUGUCGAAGGAAUUGACAAUAAAAACGCUUGUUAUGGAGGUACGAAUGCUCUUUUCAAUGCCCUGAACUGGGUGGAAUCAUCUUCAUGGGAUGGUCGUUAUGCACUUGUUGUUGCUGCAGAUAUCGCAGUCUAUGCUUCAGGGCCAGCACGCCCUACAGGUGGUGCUGGAUGUGUUGCUUUACUUAUUGGUAAAGAUGCACCAAUUGUUUUUGAUCGCGAAAAGUUUAAUGAAGUGAUGCGAUUGCGAGAGGAAACUCACAACAAAAAUGAUUUUGAUGUUGUGGGUGAUGGAAGUUCAGUCGAAGAAGCGUUCUUUGAGGGAACUUAUUAUUUGGAAAAAAUCGAUGCAAAAAUUCUGGGUGCAAGCGAUAUUUCUACAUUUAAUGAACUGAUUAGGGCAUUAGCACUUCAAAUUUCAACGCUAAAUUCUGAAAAUCAGGAGCCACAGUCCACUACUAUUGAGGUUACUAUAACUACAACUUCCGAUACAGAUCAAAAAGUUGAUGAUGCUCUAUCGAACGAAUUGUUAUUGUCUGAAGCACAUAAUAAGCCAGAAACCGGAUCGGACGGUGAUAUUCAGAAUGAUGAUGCUGAAAGUUCACGGGCUUUGAUCCCUUUAUUACCAGAAAUCAAACAUGACGCACCUAUUGUACCAGAACUCCAAAAAAUACAAGGACCAAACCGCAAAUCUACACCUUACCGAAUAAACCCAAAUUAUUAUAUCGAACCUUUACCCGAAUCGGCUUUAAAUGCUUUCGAUACUUCAAUAUGGCCAAGUAUUCAAGAACAACAACAGUAUCCUUCGUUUAUAACUUUUCUUCAACAACCUAUAUCAACAAAAUUGUGA